GCGCGCGUGCGCAAGGGGGCUUUCCGUCAGGCGCCGCCGGAGCUCAACAUGGCGACCUAGGCCCGCCGCGCCAACGCCACCGCGGGCGGGCGAACGAGGCCGACACCGCCGUCAUCACCGUCAUGUCUCGGCACAGGAACGUCCGAGGAUAUAACUACGACGAAGACUUUGAAGAUGAUGAUGUAUAUGGCCAAUCGGUAGAAGAUGAUUAUUGCAUUUCUCCUUCAACAGCAGCUCAAUUUAUUUACUCCAGACGAGACAAACCAGCCACACUUGUUGAGCCRUUAGAAGAAGAAUAUGGCUAUGAAGGUACCGAUGCUGCUGCUGAUUGUUUUACAUCCACUCAUCAGUUGACUGAAGUUGAUAGAGCCCGUCUUAAUUCAUGCCUUGAUCAAAUGAGAGAAGUUUUGGCAGAGUCCAUACCAGAACAAACAAUGGUGCAAGCAGUACUGGAUACUAAAUUUGAUGUACAAAAGGCUUUGGAUCUUGUGCUUUCACAAGGCAGUAAGCAAAAUGUGAAGACCAAGAAUAAGGAUGCUGGGACUUUAGGAAAGACUACAAAAGGAAAAACAAGGGAUUUCCAGUCAGCCAGAAUGGAAUCUGAAAUUGUGCCAAAAAUUACCAAAAUGACAGUGUCUGGAAAGAAACAAUCUAUGGGAUUUGAAGUUCCAUGUGCGGUUGCUGAUGAAAAUGGCCAUACUAACACACCUCAGAAAGGACUGUUACUUGAAGAUACAAACGUAGGUUCUGGGGUACUUGAGACUGUCUCAAAAUCUACUCUUUCACCUCAAGUAGUACAGGUUUCAGAAGAGCAGAAUAUGGUGCCUACUCCAGCAAAAAAGUCAAGCAAGGCAAAACCACAAAUAGAUGUGAAAGCAGAGCUGGAGAAGAGACAAGGAGGAAAGCAACUGCUGAAUCUGGUUGUAAUAGGGCAUGUUGAUGCAGGCAAAAGUACUUUAAUGGGACAUUUGCUCUAUCUUUUGGGAAAUGUGAACAAAAGAACUAUGCACAAAUAUGAACAGGAGUCUAAAAAGGCUGGUAAAGCUUCAUUUGCCUAUGCAUGGGUCUUGGAUGAAACUGGUGAAGAAAGAGAAAGGGGAGUGACAAUGGAUGUGGGAAUGACCAAAUUUGAGACACCGACUAAAGUAAUUACACUGAUGGAUGCUCCAGGCCACAAAGACUUCAUUCCAAAUAUGAUUACAGGGGCUGCACAGGCUGAUGUGGCAAUUUUGGUUGUGGAUGCCAGCAGAGGAGAGUUUGAGGCAGGAUUUGARACGGGUGGACAAACUCGAGAACAUGGAUUAUUAGUGCGCUCUCUUGGAGUGACACAGCUGGCUGUUGCAGUCAAUAAAAUGGACCAGGUCAAUUGGCAACAGGAAAGAUUUCUCGAAAUUACAAGUAAGCUCGGCCAAUUUCUUAAGCAAGCUGGCUUUAAGGAAUCAGAUGUGGCAUAUAUCCCAACAAGUGGCCUUGGUGGGGAAAAUCUAGUCACAAGGAGUCAGUCAAGUGACCUCACACAAUGGUACAAAGGAAAGUGUUUGCUAGAGCAAAUUGAUUCUUUCAAGCCACCACAGAGAUCAGUGGAUAAACCAUUUAGACUGUGUGUUGCUGAUGUUUUUAAAGACCAAGGAUCAGGAUUUUGUGUGACUGGUAAAAUAGAAGCAGGCUAUAUUCAAGCUGGAGAACGACUUCUGGCAAUGCCUCCCAAUGAAACUUGCACUGCAAAAGGAAUCACACUGCACGAUGAACCAGUUGACUGGGCUGCAGCAGGAGAUCACGUUAGUCUCACUUUGACCGGCAUGGAUAUCAUCAAAAUCAAUGUGGGCUGUGUAUUUUGUGAUCCCAAGGAACCCAUUAAAGUUUGCACUCGGUUCAGAGCUCGGGUUCUCAUCUUCAAUAUUGAGAUUCCAAUCACUAAGGGAUUUCCUGUGCUUUUACACUAUCAAACAGUAAGUGAACCUGCUACUAUUACAAGACUGUUGAGUGUCCUGCACAAAAGCACUGGUGAAGUGACAAAGAAAAAACCUAAGUUUUUGGCUAAAGGACAGAAUGCCCUAAUAGAACUACAAACUCAAAGACCUGUUGCUCUAGAGUUGUACAAAGAUUUUAAAGAGUUGGGGAGAUUUAUGUUACGCUACAGUGGCUCCACUAUUGCUGCAGGAGUUGUUACAGAGAUUAAAGAAUGACAGUGGUGGCAGAAUUUCCAUCAUCCAUGCAAAACUCAAUCAGAUAUCCAAACUUCUGUUUAAGAAUUCAAUUAUUUCAGUUGAAGGAACAAGUGCAAUUAACUGGGGAGAAGAUGGUGAUGACAAAAAUUAAAUUGUGUGAGACAUCUGGGGAUCCCUUCAUCAGUCUCUCCUGCUGCAGAACAAGAUGCCAACUGACAAGGAACUGCAAGUGUUGCACUUCUUGAUCUCAAGAAUCUCAUGUGUUUCUCCGUGUGGAAUUUAGCCCUUAGAGAAGUUGAUGGAAAAAUACUAGGAAGUUGAAUUAGAAAAAAAAGAUGAUGAAUUAUCAUGAAACAAACUCCUUACUUCCAGACAUAAAUUGUUUACAUAUUUUCUUUGAUUGCUUUUUUGCUGCACAUGAAUUCAGUAAAGUAAUUUUAUUGGUCUAAUAUAUUUUUAGGUUUGAGUUGAAUGCAUAUUCAGGGAAGAAAAUAACUCUUUACCUUGUUUUCAAGAGAAUGGCAUGUAGUAUUAUCAUGGGGUUGUUUUCCCUGUUCCAAAAUUUAUUUAAAAAAAAAGGUUUCUUUUGCUGUGUAGUGGAAGCUGUGCCAACUUUGGCUAGUUUUAUUUUUUAAACAGUAAGAAUAAUAAAACAAAUUUGUCUGAG